AUGCUUUGGGGCCCAGGGCAGAGGCAAUACCACAGCGCUGUGGUUGGCUACACUGAUGGGACCCAUACCCAUAUCGAACCCACCAUCCCAGCUGACAACAUAUUCGGAGACGGGGGCAGAUACCGACCGAACCAAUGGACAGGAACACUGGGAAAACCGGGAGAAUUGGUGUAUGAUCUCUCAAAUCCAUCAGGCGUAAAUGAUGAUCCAAGAAUUAAGUGUCAAGGAUGGGCUCUGAAACAACCACAUGCAAAUGAAUGGGCAUCUGGUCUACCAACAUGUCCCUGUACGAAAAUGCAAGCACUUGGAGAUAUGUCGUUUAUACAAGAAGUGCUGGACCAGACUGACAGAGUGGCUGCAUUGAGGGCUCAGAGAUACGGAGGGGUGGGCAGACAUGUUUUUCGGUCUGUCCUGUCCAACGCAUAUGGAUCUGGGAAGAGGUGUGUGUACGAGCUAGAGGGGGAUCUGCUGACAGGAUACAGCGAGAGAUACUUCACUGUAGCAGACAGACAGAGGCAUAUAGACGAAGACCUGCUGCCAUUCCAGUGGUGUUGUAUCGACUCUCCUCUGUGCGACCUCUACCUCAAACAGCGCCCCCUGGACCGCUGCCAAGGGUACUGCUGGUCCAACCCCAGCAACUGCUCCACGAGCAAGAAGGCCGGACAGGGUGUCGCAACGGUGUUUGGCAGUCUUCACUUCAUCACAUUCGAUGGAACGGAGUACUCCUUCAAAGCUUUGGGAGAGUUUGUGAUCGUUCGACUCUCUUCGCCCUCCGGCUCCAAUAUUUUCACCCUCCAAGGACAACAUGAUCGGCUCCACUCCAACUCAAACCAGGUCCACUCGCAGGUCCCAGCGGUGGUGCGCAUGGCUGCUUUCUACCAGGGCAUUGGGAAGGUGGAGUGGAGAUGUGCAGAGACAGGAGAUGGUCUUGAGCUUAUCGUGGACGAUGAUAAUAUUCCAGUCUCAGUUGGAGUGGUGUAUGUUGGUCGGAGGGACUUUGCGGUGCGCUGCCUGUCCGAGAGCCACUGUGUCGCUGUGUAUUCGGGGGGUCUUCAUGUGUCCGUGAAGAGGGUCCCUGGGUACAGGGAGCUGGGAGCCGAGGUGGAGGUCCCUCAGAAGUUUUUUAACCGCACAGUGGGCCUGAUGGGACUGUGGUGCUCAAACCGGUCAGCUGAAUUCCUCAUGUCAGAUGGGAUCCUAUUAGUGCCUCCCAGCCUCAGUCCCCUCCUACAGGAUAAGAUAAAUGCCUUCGGGAUGUCAUGGGCGGUCCCAGUGCCAGAGUCCCUGCUCCUGUCUCGUCCUCCUGAACCCUUCUUCCCCUUCUCGAAUGAGGACCUGCUCCAGAGCGCCUCCCCAGCCCGAGUCAAUGAGCUCAUGACGUUCUGCUCCGGUAACAUGCAGUGUGUUUAUGACAGUUUAGCUACCGGAGACAUGAACGUGGGGGAGGCGGCUCGGAAGGCCAAGGAGAGCUACACAAGUACAGUUCUGCUCUAUGGAAACAUGCCUCCCAUAGUGACAGAGCCUCUAGAGAUCUUGGCCACAGUGAACUCCACAGUAAAGGUUCAACUCUUGGCCCGGGACUCAAACGGAGACGCGAUCUCCGUCUCUCUGUUGUACCCCAGACCUCUGCGUGUCAGUCUAGCAGGGGACGGCGUGUUGUCUUGGACCCCCCUCAGCACCAGCCCUGUUCAGAUCCAGCUGAAAAUCAGUGACUCGACCUCCAGCACUCUGUUUGUGCCCACCAUCAAACUGUGCAACUGUGUGAACGGAGGGACCUGCCAGUUCAACACUCCCUCACAGAGCCAGCUGCUGGGCAAGUUCCAGUUGGUGAGCUGUUUAUGCCAUAAAGGAUUUGGAGGACAGUUCUGUGAAAAGCGCACAAACGUGUGUAACGGGCUGCCCUGUUACCCAGGGGUGACUUGUGCACCCCUCGAUCAGCCCGGAGAGUUCAGCUGUGGGCCGUGUCCCGAAAAAACUAUAGCCAAUGGAAAAGAGGGAUACAAGUGCUUUGAACAAGACUUCUGUGAGGCACCUUAUCCCUUCCCCUGCCACAAAGACGCCACCUGUAAAAGUUUAAAGUCCAACUACACCUGCACCUGUAAACCUGGAUACACUGGAGAUGGCAAGACCUGCACAGACAUAAACGAGUGUGUGGAUCUUAAGACUUGCCCCAAUGCAAAGUAUGAGUGUAAGAACACGCCUGGCUCUGUCGAAUGUGUCUGCAGAUACAAAGACAGCAACCACAAUGACGGAUGUGGCGACUCUGCCAAUCCUCCAGGAUCAAAUGUUUUCAAAGUGUCGGUGGGCUGGCAGCAGAACAGUGGACUCACACAGCUGGAGAAUCUUUGGUCUACUGGUUUUAAAAACAAGUUUUACAAUGCGAGUGAGGUCAACCCGAGUGAGUACCGUGUGAAUGUCUCCAGUGAUACUCCACACUGGUACAUACAAGAUUACAUGUCGCGGGCCAGCAGCGAAUACAAGAUCCAGUCAGUCAAUGUUGAAGACCUAGACGAAUGUGCAAAUGAUAUUGCAGUUUGUAAAGAGCCUGCUGUCUGCAAAAACACAUACGGAGGGUAUAGAUGUAUCUGUCACGGGGAGGCUGAUGUGGAGGAAAACCAGGAGUGCAUUGUAAUGGACUCUGCACACCUGACUGAGCGACAGGUGUGUCGGAGCAGUUGGUCUGAAAGGGUGAAGAAAGGUCCAUUGACUCAAACCUGA